UGCAGGGCUAGCCCGAGAGCGCAGCGCGCCUGCUAGGGCCGCCAGCUGCGCCGGAGUCAUUGCGCCCAGCCUCGCGCGCCCUGGGGAUCCUGGCCGGCGCCAUGGACAGAAGCCGGGUGUUGGAGCAGCUGCUCCCAGAGCUUACUGAACUGCUCAGCCUGUUGGACCACGAGUACCUCAGUGACACCACCCUGGAGAAGAAGAUGGCUAUAGCCUCCAUCCUGCAGAGCCUGCAGCCCCUCCCAGCAAAAGAAGUCUCCUACCUGUAUGUGAACACGGCGGACCUCCACUCUGGGCCCAGCUUCGUAGAGUCCCUCUUUGAAGAAUUUGACUGUGACCUGAGGGACCUUCGGGACAUGCCUGAGGAUGAUGGGGAGCCCAGCAAGGUGGCCAGCCCCGAGCCAGCCAAGAGCCCAUCUCUGAGAAUCGCAGCUGACCUGCCCCCGCCACUUCCUAUCAAGCCUCCACCCGAGGACUACUAUGAAGAGGCCCUUCCUCUGGGACCCGGCAAGUCCCCUGAGUACAUCAGCUCCCACAAUGGCUGCAGUCCUGCCCACUCAAUUGUGGAUGGCUACUAUGAGGAUGCAGAUAGCAGCUACCCUGCAACCAGGAUGAAUGGGGAGCUGAAGAACUCCUACAAUGAUUCUGAUGCAAUGAGCAGCUCCUAUGAGUCCUACGAUGAAGAGGAGGAGGAAGGAAAAAGCCCACAACCCAGGCACCAGUGGCCCUCAGAGGAAGCCUCUAUGCACCUGGUGAGGGACUGCAGGAUCUGUGCCUUCCUGCUCCGGAAAAAGCGCUUCGGGCAGUGGGCCAAGCAACUGACCGUCAUUAAAGAGGACCAGCUCCUGUGUUACAAAAGCUCCAAGGACCGGCAGCCACAUCUGAGGUUGGCACUGGAUGUUUGCAAUGUCACCUAUGUGCCUAAGGACAGCCGGCAUAAGAGGCACGAGCUGCGCUUCUCCCAGGGAGCUACUGAGGUCUUGGUGCUGGCACUGCAGAGCCAGGAGCAGGCUGAGGAGUGGCUGAAGGUCAUCCGAGAGGUGAGCAAGCCCAUCGGGGGAGCUGAAGGAGUGGAAGUCCCCAGAUCCCCAGUCCUCCUGUGUAAGCUGGACCAGGACAAGAGGCUGUCCCAAGAGAAACAGACAUCAGACUCUGACAGCCUGGGCAUGAGUGACAGCUGUUCCACCCUUGGCCGCCGGGAGGCCUGUGAACACGGCAAAGGGAAGAAGAGCAGCCUGGCAGAGCUGAAGGGCUCAAUGAGCAGGGCUGCUGGCCGCAAGAUCACUCGCAUUAUCAGCUUCUCAAAGAAGAAGGCGCUGGCAGAUGACCUGCAGACAUCCUCCACUGAGGAGGAGGUUCCAUGCUGCGGCUACUUGAAUGUGCUGGUGAACCAGGGCUGGAAGGAACGCUGGUGCCGCCUGAAGUGCAACACUCUGUAUUUUCACAAGGACCGCGCAGACCUGCGGACCCACGUGAACGCCAUUGCCCUCCGCGGCUGUGAGGUGGCCCCAGGCUUCGGGCCCAGGCACCCAUUUGCCUUCAGGAUCCUGCGCAACCGUCAGGAGGUGGCCAUCUUGGAGGCAAGCUGUUCAGAGGACAUGGGCCGCUGGCUUGGGCUGCUGCUGGUGGAGAUGGGCUCCAGAGUCACUCCUGAGGCUCUGCACUACGACUACGUGGAUGUGGAGACCUUGACGAGCAUCGUCAGUGCUGGGCGCAACUCCUUCCUAUAUGCGAGAUCCUGCCAGGAUCAGUGGCCAGAGCCCCGUGUCUACGAUGAUGUUCCUUAUGAAAAGAUACAGGAUGAGGAGCCAGAGCGUCCCAUCGGGGCCCAGGUGAAGCGCCACGCCUCCUCCUGCAGUGAGAAGUCCCAUCGCGUAGACCCGCAGGUCAAAGUCAAGCGCCAUGCCUCCAGUGCCAACCAAUACAAGUACGGCAAGAACCGAGCUGAGGAGGAUGCCCGGAGGUACCUAAUAGAAAAAGAGAAACUGGAGAAGGAGAAAGAGACGAUUCGGACAGAACUGAUGGCACUGCGGCAAGAGAAGAGGGAGCUGAAGGAAGCCAUUCGGAACAGCCCAGGAGCAAAGUUAAAAGCUCUGGAGGAAGCCGUGGCCACCUUGGAAGCUCAGUGUCGGGCGAAGGAGGAGCGCCGGAUUGACCUAGAGCUGAGGCUGGUAGCUGUGAAGGAACGUUUGCAGCAGUCCCUGGCAGGGGGCCCAGCCCUGGGGCUCUCCAUGAGCAGCAAGAACAAGAGCGGGGAAACUACAAACAAAUCUCAGAACAAUGUCCCAGAACAGUCUCUCCCAGUCAAUUGUGUUUCUGAACUGAGGAAGAGGAGCCCAUCUAUUGUAACUUCCAACCAAGGAAGGGUGCUACAGAAAGCCAAGGAAUGGGAAAUGAAGAAGACCUAAGAAGAGAAAGAGGAUUUCAGUCCAAAGGGAGUAUCAGUUUGUCCAUCUAAGGCUGAAAUGCUUUUUUCACAAAGAGAUGCCAAGAGAAGAAUGGAAGUCUCUGCUCUGUGGGAUACCCAAAAGACCAGUCUUUAUUGUCUGCAUGAUUUUAGGGAAUAUGGGGAGGGAUGAGUAGAAGAGAAGAGGGAAAUGGUGGGCAUCUUGGGACUUUACAAAGGAUGGAAAUGGGGGAGGGAGACAGAAAUCUGCACAGUUGUAAAGCUUUUGUUAGAUGUCUUUGCCUUUGAUACUGAAGAAGAAAGGGAAGCACAUGUGAAUAAGCCAUUCCAUCCACUCUCCACAUCUCAUUCCUCGUCCUUGGGCAAAGAAAGGCAGUGAUGAGCACUGGUGGUAUAGUUUAAAGAGAUGAGAUUUGAUCAUCUGAUCACACUCGUGCCAGCUGGGUUCAUGCUGGACAUUACUGACAACCUCUGGGCAAGGCAAAUAGGCUGAAAAGUCGAUAAUAUUAUUCCUACCUACAUAAAGGUGAACAAAAGCUAUAGAGAACAUGCAAAUUCUACAAUCAUCCCUCAUCUACUUUAGAAGUAAACAGAUUGUACUUAUUGGAAUCUUCCAGAUUUGAGGAUUUUAAAAUCAGAGAUCUGAGUAUGAAGGCAAAAAGAGGUUGAGCAGCUGACAUAUUUUAAGCCCACAGUGAUACUCAGUAGCCAGGAGCAUGGAGUUCUAAUGUCCACACAGGAUGUCAUUUGCCAUCAAUCACGUCUUUGGCCUGUUUUAUAUAACACUGAGGCUACUGGGGCUAUGCUUAGGAAUCCAGGAGACACUACGUCUUUACCCUAAUGAAACCUUCGUCUUGCACUUGGAGGCCCACUAGUCUGCCCUUCUAUGUUUGCUAUAAAGUAAGACUAUCAGGAAAAACCAAGACGACGGCUUAUUCUGCCACAUGGGUGCCAAGCCUUUUACAAAUACUUGAUACUUUUAUAGGGGAAGCAAGGGCCUCAAGUCCCAGGCAGACUCCUUAUUGUGUUAUUCACUAAUGCCUCAGAGCUUUAUGGGUAUGUCUGUAACACAUUUCCCUCCAGUAAAGAUAAAACCCAUUUAAGAGCUCAGAUGUUUAGCUCAAGAGGAGAGAAGGGAAAUGGUGAGCAUCCUUAGCACUUUACGAAGGAUAAAAAUGGGGGAGGGAGAAAAAAAUCUGCACAGUGCAAAGCUCUUGUUAGAUGUCUGCCUUCACUUCUGAAAAAGAAAUGAUAGCACAUGUGAAAAAGCCAUUCCACCUACUCUUCCUCGUCCUUAAGGCAAAGGAAGGCAGUGCUGUGCUCUCCUGGUGCAGUGUCACAGAAUAACAUUUGGGCAACUUGCUAGAGGUACAUGUUUUACCCUACCUAAGGCUUUACAUACUUAAGCCUAACUCAAACUUUACACCCUCUGUGGAAGUGGGAGACCACGGCCAAGAAAAAUAACCUGACCGAAAUCACCCAGUUGAUCAGUGGUAGACAAUAGGACUUAGAGGUUAUGAGCGUGGAUCCAAAUAAGGAUGGAUUUGAUAUCUAAUCUGUAGCUGACCAGCUGGGUAGCCUUCCAAAAGUCAUUUGACUUCUCUGAUUCUUGCUUUCCUUAUCUGUGAAAACGGUUAACAACUGUACUUUCCUCCCAAGACUUGGGGGUGGGGGGCUGCAGGAUUUAACCAGCUAAUACGUGAAAAUCUUCUUGUAUAGUGUCUGAGAAAUAUCAAAUGUUCAGCCAACAGUGAUUGUUACCAUUAGUUAGAUAAGAAAUGUCUUACCCAAAAGUCUAUGUUCUUUCCACUGAAAAAGAAAUUAUUUUUACUUAGUACAGUCACUAUAAGCUAAAAGUAGUAACCAAUCCAUAAAUGGCUUUUAUCCAAAUUCUACCUGUCUUUGGUGACAGAUAGGCUCACAUACUCUGGAUCUUUUUUUUUUUUUUUUUUUUUUU